CAGAGAGAUGCCAAAGGCCAGUACCUGUUUGACCUUCUUUGCCACCACCUGAACCUACUUGAGAAAGACUAUUUUGGGAUACGCUUUGUGGACCCAGAUAAACAGCGGCAUUGGUUGGAGUUUACAAAGUCUGUGGUGAAGCAGCUGAGAUCCCAGCCUCCAUUCACCAUGUGCUUCCGUGUGAAAUUUUACCCAGCAGACCCUGCUGCCCUGAAAGAAGAAAUAACCAGGUAUUUAGUCUUCCUGCAGAUCAAAAGGGAUCUCUACCAUGGCCGCCUCCUCUGUAAAACAUCUGAUGCUGCCUUGUUAGCAGCUUAUAUCCUUCAAGCGGAGAUUGGGGAUUAUGACCCUGGGAAACACCCUGAAGGCUACAGCUCCAAGUUCCAAUUUUUUCCUAAACAUUCAGAGAAGCUGGAAAGGAAAAUUGCUGAGAUUCACAAGACAGAACUCAG